GAACGACAAGCUUGUGGCGCAGUUCGGGGUGCUGCGCAAGCCCCGGCUCAACGUGGUUUGGCAGGUCUGCGACGACAAGCAGCCGGUGCCAGAUCUCAUCCGCAUUGCCGAGAUGGACGAGGCGGCCGCAGACAAGAGGAGCUACCAGUGCCACUUGAAGCUGGUGUCGGUGAAGCUGAGGAGGGCCACGGAGGGCCCGCGGCGCCUGGCGGUGAGCCUCCGGCUCAUCCAGCCGGACGGCGAGGUGAGCAAAGUCUCGCCGGUGCAGAACUCCCCGCAGGUUUGGACGUGCCCGGAGAACAAGAUCCCGGAUCUGCUGGCGGAGGGGAUGCCGAUGGACCCGGACGAGGAGUGCAACACGGCAGUCUGGCGGGAGGACAACAAGAUGGGCUGGCAGAUGCCCACCUGGGCGCUGCGGGAGAGCCACCUGCAGCUGCUGAGUUACAACAUCGAGGCGCAGCUCCUCCUGUACGGUGGCCAGCCCACCCACAUAAAGGCGGAGCCGAAGAAGUUUCGCUUCUGGAAGCCGUCCAAUCCGUUGGGUCAGCAGGAGAAGCCCGCGAAGCUAGGCGUUUGGCGCGACUCCCUAGGAGACCUGCUGGAUUCCAUCGAGAAUGCGGACCAGGGGAUCGUCUGCGAGGCCGUGGUGGGCUCCUCUAAAGAGGGCUCCGAAGUGGCCACGCUGCGCAUGGAGAUCGACGUGUCUGCCACGCGGGCUCACCGCAUCCCCCGCGAGCUGGCCUGCAAAGAAGUGGACGGCUGGCCGCUGGAGAAGGCGCCGCUGCGCCGAGGGGCGCCGGCCAAGGAGAUCUUGCAAAACAAGGUGCAGUACUUUGUCACUGUCAUGGUCGACGGCCUUCCGGGCCACGAGCUGUGCCUUCCCUACGUCCGCGUCUCCAUGGGCGCGGUGUCUGAGUGUACAGAGGCCAAGAAGGCGCACUCUGUGAACAACGUGACCUUUGACAAGGCCCUGUCCAUCAAUUGCACCUUGGUCAACCGCAAGGCGAAGAUCGAGAUUCUGAACCGGGGCAGCGGCGGGGUCUUUAGCCGGGACAAGGUCAUCGGCGAGGGAGUUAUUUAUGAUGUGGAGCCAGACAAGGAGUACUGGAUCCACUGCUUUGGCGGUGCGGCGAAUGCCACAUAUCCGGACGUGGCCAACCAGAUGGUGAAGGGCGCGGUGCGGCCCGCCUCCACGCACACCGCCUCGGUGGCCGUGAAGUUUGGGACGAAGAUGGUGUCGAAGGUCUACUUCGAGUCCUUGAAGAGGAUGCGAAAGCCUUCAAGGCUCACGGUGCGGCUCUACUCGGGGGUGAACCUCAAGAGCUACGCCGGGCGGAAGGUGAACGUGGUGGUCAAGGUGCCGGGCGGGCGCCUGCCGGACGAGGCCGGGGCCUGGCACAUUUGGCAGAACCACCAGGAGCUGGAGCGUCUUGACUUGGAGACCUCCCCCUCGCACGUGACGAUGCUGAAGCGCAAGGCCUUGCUGGAGGCCUCGGACGCGCCGCCGCAGCAGUACAACACCAGCCUCCUCGCCUUCCCCGGGGAGGUGGACGCCUGCGGCGAGCUGCACUUCGUGGAGCAGAAGGCGCGGGUGCGCUGGGUGCAGCGCUCCACGCCCAAGGCGUGGCCUUUGGAGCUGCCGCCCAACGUCCAGUUUGCAUAUCUAUAUGUCGUUGCUGCCGGGGAGGAGAUCGAGCCGCCCCGAGUCUUUGGGCGCCUGCGCCUGCUGCAGAGUGACCUGGACCAGGUGCCGCCCAAGUGGAAGACCCUCCACUUCGACACCUCCGUAGUGGAGCUGCCCGAGGCAUACUACAAGUCGGACCUGGCGGGCUUCCUUCUGGGCUGCGCCAGUGUGCAGGAACAGGAGCCCAAAGUUGGCCAGCCGCCUGCCAGCGCGCCCUCGUGGGGCCUUUGCGGCUCGAAGCCCUCGAUGCUUCCCUCCGCACAGACCAGCUGCUGCGCCAUGACCUCCCAGGUGUGUCGGGCCUCCAUGGGCGAGGACGUGCGCUGCCAGCUGCAGCGCCCCGAGCGGAAGCGCACCGUGUGGCUCCACAUGGACCUGCUGCAGGCCCGGGAGCUGCCGGCCAUGGACGAUGAUGGGCUCGUGGACCCCAGCUACAAGCUGGAGGUCAAGGACCAGACGGUGCUGUUCCCCUCGGGCAUCAUGAAGUCCCUGAGCCCGUCCUUCAUGCACCGCGUUUGCAUUCCUAUUGAGAUGGAGGUGGAGCCGGAGCCGACCGCAAACCUUCCAUUGAUGGGCUCCUUCGUGCCCUUUCCGCCGCUCAUCGUGCGGAUCUUGGACCGGGAUGAGAGGAAGGUCUUGGGUGUGGCGGCGGGGGAUGACUUCGAGGAGGUGGGCUGCUUCGUGAUCAAGCCGGCCUCCACGAGGACGCUGGUGAGCCACGGCAACGAGACGGGCAAGGUGGAGACCUUCCCGCUCCUGGGCUACGAAGAGGACGAGGACUAUGUCUUGGGCGAGGGAGGCGGCCUCUUCGCCGCGAAGAUGCCGCCCGACUUGGACCUGAACAGGCUGCACGUGGCGAAGUGGUACUCCUUGGAGAAGCCGGGCGAGGCGCCCUUCGACGCAGCCACGGGUGGAGUAGAGGACUCCUGGCACAAGAGGCCGCGCGUGCUGGCGGCUGCCAACUACUCCUUGCAGACCAACUUGAGGGAGAACCUCACUCAAGGCAAGAACCUGGUGAAGGGGGCCGUGCGCGGUGUCAGCAUCCACCAGAUCCAGACCCACCAAAGCUCCUGCUUCAAGAUCGACUUCCGUCUCCUGGGGCUCCGGAACCUGCCGGACAGCUUGGUGGACUGCAAGCUCUACGUGAGCUCCUUUUGGGAGGGCGGCGCGCUGGAGCUGGCCAUCGGUUCUUCACAGUAUCAUCGCAACUUCAACUUCAUGGCCGACGACCUCUCGGAAGGCUGGCGCCAGGGCGCCGAGCGCCUGAAGCCGCUGCUGCGGGUGGUGGCGGAUGACGACGCCCCCAUGCGGGACCGGGAGCUGGUGGUGUGGACCGCGAAGCUCAAGGAUCUGGCCGGCUUGAAGAUCCAGCCGCCGCCAUACGAGGUGCCUGUGAUCCCCUACUUGCAGCAGGACACGCUGAAGCCCGGGCGCUGGACGCUGCAGGACUUGGACACCGGGCACGAGUUCGAUGUAUUGGUGCACUACGAGCCGGGCUCCCACGCCGUGGAGGUCCAGAAGUUCGACGGCCACAGGCUGGAAGACGUGCGCCAUCCAGGCAACAUCGACCGCCGCAGGCUUGAGAUCAGGUUCACCUUGGAGGACAUGGAGUGGUGUGGCCAGGUGAAGAGCCUGGGCACUUUCAUGCCGCUGCUGCGGGUGCGGAGCUUGAAGGACCCGAAGCAAGCGGCCAAAAACUUCUCUGGCACCUGGCACGAGGAGGACCCAUUUGUGCUGCUCCCUGCCAUAACCUUUCAGCUGAAGAACCCGCUCACUGCUGCGGACCACGGCACGCUGACGGUGGCGUUGAAUCAGAUGAACACGAGACAGUCGGAGUCGAACAGCUGGAUGCAGGUCUGCCAGGAAGAGUUCGCCAGACUGCCGCAGGGGCUGCGAAGCUGGAGUGGGGAGGAGGGCCGAAGGUCUGGGAGCAUUCAGCCGUUGCGCGGUGUCAAGUACACGGACGAUGCCUACGACACCUUGGUGGAUGUUUUCGCCACGCGGAGUGGCUUCGUAGAGUUCGACCAGAACCUCUUCAUCUCACGCACGCUGCAGGACAACUGCCUCUUCAACAUUUGCCCAAACUCCAACAAAGAUGAAGACGGCGAGCGCUCUGACUGUGUGACCCAGUUCUUCAACCUCUUCGACGUGCUGGCUGGCGACACCCGCCGCCUCUCCGAGCCGUUUGAUGAGCGAUUUUGGCCGCAGCUGUGCUGUGGCCCGGGCUACGACAAGGAGUCGCGCCCAGAGCUCCCGCAGCUCGGGGAGAGCCCGGACCGGGAGGACCUGGCCAAAGCCAUCGGCAAGUUGAUGGCAUGGAUCGACGCCAAGGAGAAGUCGAUCCACCACUCGCAGCCGCGGCCCACGCAGCCGUUGCCGCCCUCGAAGCUCUUUGAGAAGUUCUUCCAGAUCCCCAAGGUGGCCGCAUACGCAGGCAUUAGCAGGAGGUCAGACCUGGAAAAGAUGUCCACCACCGAGCUCCAGCGGAAGCUGAAGGGGGCGGGUUGGCGCUUCUCUACGCACCUGGCAGCGCCGGAGCUGGUGCCGGCGCUGGCGCCGCUGAAAUACUUCACGGACAGCCAGCUCUCGGUGAACAGGCACACCUUUAUGGUCCAGGUGGGCCACCGCAUUGGCAAGCACCGUGACUCCCGGAUUCUCUGCCGCCUCCGUAUGGACGUGCCUAAGGACUUCCUGGAGCCCUACCGCAAGCUUCUGCGGGACUGCCAGCAGAUGAUGGCCAGCGACGAGGUAGAGCUGGAAGAAAGAGGUACCUUCUCCUACGGCACCGGUUCUUGGUCUCCGAAAUCUCCCACGGUUGGGAGCGCUGGCAAAGUGCUGCAGAACCUGUUGGAGCGGCUGCGGCGCAUUGAAGACGGCAGUUCCAACUACUUCAUGGUGAAGUUCAAGCAGCCUGGCAUUGUGGUGUGGGCGGCGCCGGAUGCGCAGAAGGCCUGGGACCGCCCCGGCACGCUGCUCUUUGCGGUGAAGCUGGCCCACCAGCCAGACACCAUCGUGCCGGUGGUGGUGCCCAGCUUUGACUUGAGAUACCCCCAGGAGAGCUCCUGGAAAGUGCAGAAGACCAUGCAGAUGAGGUAUCACGACCUGGAGCGGCGGAUUGCCUGCGGGCUGGAGAAGGAGAAGGCUGCCAAGGGCAACGAGACCAUCCGACGAAGCCCUGCAGCGCCCGAGAGGGAGGAGCCUGAGGCUGUGGAGGAUUUGAACGACGAGGAGGCGCUCUCAUCCGGCUCGCGGCGGAUGGCGAUCAGCUGUGAUUCCUUCAUCUGCCGGCUGCAGCGCAAGGCUGCUGGCUUGCCCUUCGACCGGGAGCAGAACUCGGACUGGUACCGCCUGGUGGUCGGGGAGAGCUUCCCGGAGGUGAGAGCGAUCAAAGGGCCCGACGAAGUCGUCAAGGAGUACUUCUUCUCCAAGUUUAUGAACCUUCAGCGCACGCUCGCGCUGCCCUCCGAGCUGGGCGAGACGGUGCUGAAGGGCCACGUGAACGUCGAGAAGGUGGAGCGCCACGAGGCCCGAGAAGGCCACUUAGAUACCUGCGAGUUUGCAGUGGAGAACUUGUGGACCACGAGUAGCUUCUUCGUGGCUCUGACGCUUUGCACCUUCACCAAGUUGGACUACAACGUAGACUUCUCAGAGAUCUACUUCAAGAUCAAGCUCGGGGCAGAGGAGCAGCUGACGCCUGUCUUCCGGCCCAACGCACAGGGCAAGAUCAUGGCAGUCUACCACUGGGCCACCUUCGAAACCCUGCUGCCAGUUGCGCACGAGCUGACCAUCCAGGCGUACUCCAAAGCAGCCCUUGGCUUUGAUGCCUUCAUCGGCGAGUGCAAGUUCGACUUGGAGGACAGAUGCCUGGCGCUGAAGUGGAAGGAGUUCCGUUCGAGCACCAACAACGAGUUCUUGAGGAACCACGUUUCUCCUGGGGAGCGAAACCGCUUCUACAGCAUCACGGCGGAGGAGGCGGAUGAGAGCUUGCUGCCUUGGAAGGCCCCCGAGAAGCCGUCCUCCGCAGCUGAAGGACGAGGCCUAGAAGUGAGGCCAACACGAUCACCGGGGGUGAGACUGCCCAUGGAGAGCAAGGUCAUGUCUAUGAAGGACGACCUCAACGCGGAUUCGCGCGUGGGUUUGCUCCGCUGCGUGCUGGAUUUGCACCCCCAGAGCUGCCCGGAGCAGCCGCUUCUGCCCAAAGCCCAGCGCUUCGAGAUCCGGCUGUCCAUCAUUGACGUGGACAACAUCAAAGUCUACAAGGAUUUUGGCCAGCGCAACGAUCUCUUCGUGGAGGUGAAGUUCAGGAGCGCCAGCCUCGAGGGCUCCGAGCAGCGGCGCUCCGAGAAGACGGAUAUCCACCGCUGGGCCCAUGCAUUCGCAAGCUUCAAUGAGCGCUUCUUGUUCGAUGUCACCGCACCCGCUGUGAGCUGCGGCAUGGACUUUGAGCUGAUGGACUUCGACAGGGGCGUCAGCUCCGCGGACCUCGUGUACUAUCCGCAGACCUUCUCCAUGGAUCAUCUCCUGGAGCUGGCCUACGACAGCUGGAGCAACGGCAGGGAGCCACUGGGCCCGAUCGCCGGCACCGUGGUCUUCGACUCCUGGCCCUCCACGAACAUGCUCACGGAAGGGUGGCGCCUCGGUCGCUGCCUCCGGCGGCGACGCCAGCAGAGGGGCAACGCGGCCAAGCUGAACCUCACGGUGGAGAUCCUCCCCUACGAGCUCGCGCAGCAGAGCCCCGCCAUCGCGGGCGUCUUCGCGCCCCCCAAGGACCGGCUCUCCCUCCAAAUGCUGGCCAGCGACCCCAGGAAGACGGCCCGGGUAGUCCUGGGCCCAAAGCUGUUCAACGCCAUCAUCGUGAGCGUAGUGCUGGGCACCACGCUGGUGGUGACCUUCUUGAUCGUUCUCAUUGUCUUCUAUACGCAGUCCAUCAUCCAGCAGACAGGCGGAUGA